AUGAAUAUCCUAUUAUUUUUUGGUGCAUCUUUUGGAUUGUAUUUAAGUGUGAAAUCUUUUAUUAAGCAAGUAAAUCUGAGUUUAAAUAGUAUAGUUGAUGUAUUUGAAAUAAUUCAGACGCAACUAACCUGUGAAUAAUAUAUUUAGAAUGAUUAAAAAUUUGGAUACCAAUUAGAAGGGACUAAAGUAUUUUAAUAAUAUGACAAUAACUGGAUACCCAAUUAAAAGAACUUAAACUUUAAAAUCAGCGUUUAAAGUAAGAUAUCAAUUCAAUAGUAAUAGAUGAUAGAUUUUAAAUAAAAGAUUAGUGAUAACUUAGAAGUUUAAAUUAGUGUGCCUAAUAAAAUUUAUAUUAUGCAUGGAUAAGAAAUUCUAUCUUUUCGUCAAAGGAUUACUCUCAGUCAUGAAAAGUUCUUCCUUGUUGGUGAUUUUAUUUAUAAUUCUUAAAGUUAAAUCUUAAGAUGUAACAAAAUUAAAGCUUUAUAGGAGAUUAAAAACAUGGAUCUUAGAUAAAUAUUUAAAGAAUUUUAUACAAAACAUUUAUUUAAAUUACUAUUAAAAAUUGUAUUUAUUGCUUUAUGUUUAAUUACCAUGUACAAGAUUGCAAAAAGGAUGCUUAUUUUUGAAAAUGGAUAAAUGAAUUAGAUUCUCAUAUCCAACUAACAUAGACAAUUAAAAUGCACAAUUUGUAAAAAUCGAAACUCAAAUAUAAUUGUAUUACCUUGUUAACAUUUGGUCAGCUGCCAAGAAUGCUGCAGUCGUAGACAUUUCUGUCCAAUUUGUAGAUCCUAUAUACAAGGUAGGCAAAAGAUAUUUAAUGAUUGA